UCUGGAGAAGUUAAUUUCCCUCAGCAAGUGGAGGACAGCGGAGAAAAAUGAAGCCGAGUCCGCAGUUUUUCUUUGCUGCUUUUCUCUCUCUGAUUCUGCAGACGGGGCUUUGCUCUGGGAUAAAAUGGAUAGCUCUGUCCAAGACACCUUCAGCUUUGGCCCUGAAUCAAACCCAGCACUGCAAGCAGCUCGAGGGGUUGGUGGUGUCCCAGGUGCAGCUGUGCCGCAGCAACCUGGAGCUGAUGCAGACCAUCAUCCAGGCAGCACGGGAGGUGAUCAAGACCUGCCGUAAAACCUUCUCAGACAUGAGGUGGAACUGCUCCUCCAUUGAGCUGGCUCCUAACUACCUGCUGGACUUAGAGAGAGGCACAAGAGAGUCAGCAUUUGUGUAUGCCCUUUCUGCUGCUGCCAUCAGCCACACCAUUGCCAGAGCCUGCACCACCGGGGACCUCCCUGGCUGUUCCUGUGGUCCCAUCCCAGGUGAGACACCUGGACCUGGGUAUCGAUGGGGAGGAUGUGCAGACAACCUCAACUAUGGUCUUAUCAUGGGGUCCAAAUUUUCAGAUGCUCCCAUGAAGAUGAAAAAAUCAGGAUCACAAGCCAAUAAACUGAUGCAUCUGCACAACAGUGAAGUAGGGAGACAGGUCUUGAAAGCCUCUCUUGAAAUGAAAUGUAAGUGCCAUGGAGUUUCUGGUUCAUGCUCUAUCAAGACCUGUUGGAAAGGCCUUCAAGAGCUAAGAGACAUUGCACUGGACCUCAAAAACAAGUAUCUGUCAGCCACCAAGGUGGUUCAUCGGCCCAUGGGCACACGGAAAUACCUGGUGCCAAAGGAUAUUGAUAUCAGGCCAGUUAAGGAGACAGAGCUGAUUUACCUGCAGAGCUCACCUGAUUUCUGCAUGAAGAACGAAAAAGUGGGGUCACACGGCACCCAGGACAGGCAAUGCAACAAGACCUCCAAUGGGAGCGACAGCUGUGACUUGAUGUGCUGCGGCAGAGGCUACAACCCCUACAUGGACAAAGUGGUGGAGAGAUGCCACUGCAAGUACCAUUGGUGCUGCUAUGUGACCUGCAAAAAGUGUGAGAGGACUGUCGAGAGAUAUGUGUGCAAAUGAGAACCUUCCUCUCUCUCCACCCGGGAGCUGAGACACCAGCAGCACCCCAGCACUAUUCAGAGAAGAGAAAACAUUGCCCUGACCAGAUGUUGUUUCUCACGUAGAGACAUGGACUUCAAGAAAGGUGGUAGGAGGGAAGAGAGACUAAUCACACCAGUAAAAACAUAAGACACUUAAAAAAACCCCAAAACAACAACCACCAAAACCACAAAUUGUUUCCCACCACCACCAAUAAAA